AUGACUGAAACAGAAAAGACACUUAAUUUGUUAGCGCAAACAUUAAACGAACUAAAAAAAGAAGUAAGAGAAAUGAAUAAUAAAAUUUACCAAGUAGAAGAGAGUAUUGAAACUCUUACUGUAGAAAUGAGAAGAAAUCAAGUUGUAAAUGGAACAUCAAGAAAGUUUUAUGAAGAAUUUUUAAAUGUUUUAAAGAAAUGGACUGGUUUAGAACACUUUGAUAUUGUUUUUGAAUAUGCUGUAGAUGGUUAUGAUCGUACAAAGAUAUACAACCAAAUCGAUAAUAAAGAACAUGUUAUGAUUAUUGUUCAAGAUUCUCACAAUAAUAUUUUUGGUUGUUAUCAAAAUACUAAAGCUGUAUUAGAUGUAAAUGAAAAUGAUUCAUAUGGGGCAUAUACUCAAGCAAAGCCUGAUGACUUCUUUGUAUUUAGUUUAAACAAUAAUCAUCAACCAGAACCACAAAUUGCAAGAAAGAAAGAAACAGGGUAUGCUAUUAAAAUGUACCCAAUUGAUAAUCGUAGUUGGAUUCUUGGUGCUCAUUGUUGUUUUUAUAUUGGCUCUAAAGAUAAUUCAUUUAUCUCUCCAAAAGUUAAAGAUCAAUUUUCAGUUCCAGCAGACUUUGUUGCAUCAUCCUUUAAUGACACUGUCUAUCCUAAUACUUUUUCCUUAGCAAAUAUGGUUAUCUUACACUGGAACUAA